CGUGGAUGUGUUGGGCAUGUAGUGGAUGAUGCAUGUUGACUCCUCUAGCAGGGGAUCCUGUCCUUCCCAGCGGCCGUAGGACCACCCGCCACGCCGUUUCAGGAGGAAACAGCCCUUAAAAGCCUCACCACCAUGGAUCUGUCCUUCAUGGCAGCGCAGAUUCCAAUGAUGACGGGGGUCUUCAUGGACUCAUCUCCUAUUGAUGACGACAGCACCGACCAUUCUCUGUUCACUUCUUCUUCCAGCGUCCAUGCUGCCUCCAUGGCAGCUCAAAGCCAGCCUGAGGAACCCCCCCAGUCCAUGUCCGGGGACGCCAUUUGGCUCUGGAUAGCCAUCACUGCCACCAUUGGGAACAUUGUAGUCCUGUGCGUAGUUUACGCACUCACAUUCUGAAAUGAGAACUCUGGCCAGUAGGCUAUGUAUGAAAGAACAUGGAAUAUAUUUUAUGACAAAAUAUAAACGGUGAUGGGCUGUGUGGGCAUGAUUCAGAAAUUAGAAUUUCAAUUAGCCACUAAAAUACACAUCACAUACCUGCAAACUAGUCACCUUUCGGCGAAAUUCGCCGUUUUCAACUCAAAAUAUGUCAUUGACGUGAAUCGUGU